AUGAGCAGAAAACGGCCUUCUUCCCCGGAUCCCAUUGAGAGCAGGAAGCUCCCCCCUUCCGCGGAUUUCAUCACGCCCAGUGAAAAUGCCCUAAUUGGCCAUGCCAAAGAGAACGUGCGAGGGUUGUGGCUGCGGUCAAGAACCCUCCAGUCUCUUGCCAAGCGGACACAUGAUUAUCUGGAAAGUACUAAAGAACAGGACCCCAAUCUCGAUGAUUGGCGUAAGACCUUGAGUUUAUUGGACGAGCUGCUUGGGGCUGUACGCACUUCUCAAGUGACGCAACCGGAAGACUGCUUGAACAAAGCUAUUAAUCUUACAACAAACCCCAUGCUUCCGAACAACGAAAUCGUUGCUGUGUGCAUCCCGUUCAUCAAGGGAGUUUCAACCUACCUGUUAGAAUAUCAGCGCUACCUAGCAGAUUUCGCAGAACAAGUGGUCACAGUGCUGAGGCGAACCAGCGAGAAGACCAUGGAUCAAGUACUCGCUGAAGUGAAACAGCCCAUGUUACCUAAAGGUUUAGGACAGCCUGGAGCAGCAAAAGUGGCAGCUGAGUACAUCACCGUAUUGCUGGUCACAGCCCGUGCGUUGCACGAGAUGGCCAGGGCCAUGACAGGGUUUAGUGUGUCUUUGAAACACAUCGCAACAGAAAAAUUUUCUCACAACAAGCUGGAGAAAAUGGAAAGGGACGGUGUAACUCCAGCGAAGUCCUGA